AUGUUCCCGCUUCCGGCUGCAGGUAGUGUUAUCUCUCUGGUUGCUGGGCUGAUGUUUGGCAUUGCAGCAUUUGUUGGUGCUUAUCAGAUGUCAAAGAAUGACAAAGAUAUCUGGGUUUCACUGGGCACCUCUGGAUCACUGACCGCUCUAAUGGGAGUGAGAUUUUUGAGUUCUUGGAAGAUUGUGCCAGCUGGACUCAUGGCAGGGGCAAGUUUAUUGAUGUUCCUGAGGAUUGGUGUGAAAGUGCUACAGAAUUCACAAAAGAAGAAAAGAUGACCGCAUUCAGAAACUGUACUUGCAGAUCCUGAGGAGAUACUGAAAUAGUUUCAUUAGAAAUGUUAUACGAGAUGUAUGAAAAUGACAGUAAAAUUUAAUUUGGGAUCAUAUGGAAGUGCCUUCCUAACUGAAGAUGAACAAAUGAAAGCAUAUAAAUUAUAAUGUAUUGCCUUUCUUGAGUUUCAAAUGUGUUCAUUUAUGUGCAUUUACUCAUUACAGAUCAUGUUCACAUUCUCCUCCAUCUUGGGUAACUCAUAAUUCCUCAGAAUUAUUUAGUAAUAACAGGUACAGAUCUAUAACUUUCUUAUCUAAAAGUUUUAUAACCAAAGACAUUAUUAAUACAGCAUAUUGUGAGUCACAGACUGAGAUGUAUUUAAUUCGACCUAUAGAGGGCCCCAAAAUCUUUUAAUAAAACCAGCAUU